GCCAUUCCGCGCCUUUCCCCCUUUCCCGUCGCGGCAACUUUGGACGACUUGUUGUUAGAUGUUCUCUGCUUGUCGUACCUUGUUUACCUUCCAUGUUAACAUGUGCUGCUUUUAUCUUUGGUGAUCCCUUGUUUGAGACAUACUAUGCAACCUUUCGGAGUGAUGUCGUAGCGUCUUGCCUUUUGUUUCGUGAACUAGCUCGACUCGCACAGGUACACACUUCCUUGUUUGCAUGUCGUCUGACAACGCGUGCGAGCCGUGCGAGCUCCUUCAGCGGGACAGUUUAAAUUAGCGCCAGAUUUCACAGAGGGAUUUCGGGAUAUACUGCAACGUUUGUGAUCGCAUACGACAUGACACAUUAGCAGUCAUCGCGCAUGUAGAUACGCGCGUCUUCCGCAGAUAUGAGCCACGAUGAAGUUCGAAACCAACCGCGGUUCCACAUGUAUGACGACGACGACGGACACCAGUCCCUAUUUGAAGCGUUUGUGUCGCACACAGCUAAAGAUUUGGGCCCGAUAGACGAGGACUGGUUUUUCAAGGAGAGAGCUUCGCAAAUAUCGGAGUGCAGCGAGUUUGGGAGCAGCGGCAGUGUGUCGUCGAACCCUUGCACUCCGGUCGCGUCUCCGUGCUUGCCCUGCGACAAAAAUGAGACGCCAGCUUCUUCCACAAAUACUCCAGCGUCCAUCUGCCGGCGUAACGCCAGCUUCCUCGAGUGGACUCCCCUUUCGCCUUCGCCAGUUGUGACAAGCGUGUUCAAAACCCCAGGAGUGCCAAAAUCUCUUCCACAAAGCCUUGUGAUAACCAAAAACACACCCAGCCCCCUUUGGUCACCCUCUUUGGAAACACCACCCCACCGAACUGCUCGGAGCAAACAAGAUGUGAAAGUAUUUGCUCCAAGGAACUUGUUUCAUCCGCCAAGAAAAAGCCAGCAAAGCCUGUCAUCUGAAAAUGAAGACAAUUUAGAGGACGAAGAGUUCAAAGAUGUUUCGUCUGACAGAGAAGAGAACUUUGACUCUGUACUUGGUGGCCCCGAGAAAGAGGUGCCCCUCCACAAGUCGGAGGUGCAGAAUGAAUAUGGCUUCGGUGCCGAGGACAAUCGCCAAAAGCACGGUGAAGCUUCUUGUGACAUACCACAAGUCUACUUAACAGAUACAGACCAUGGCUUUUUGAAAGUGACUCCUGAAAGGCAUGCUUCUCACAGUGCGUCGAGGUUACUUGAUGCUAAAAUAGGGAAACGAGGAGACUUUGUCGCUUUAAAUGAUGGCAGUGCUUGCCUAAAGCAUCACUUGACAGUGAAUGGGACUUCUCACGAUCAUGUGCCUGACAUGACUGUCAUCAUAACCACGGCGCCUUUGCCGUGCCAGACAAAGGAGUGCCUGAGACCUAAUUCGAAGCUAGAAAAUGUCUCAGCUGCCCCAUCGGUGGCCUUGAAAACUGCUGCAACAAGUCCUCAUACUGCAGGUGGGACUGACUCUAGCCCACAUAACAAGUCUUUCAGCAGCACAUCGAAGGAAUUCUCGUUUUCUGAGGACAAGAGCGAUGGUGUCUUCGGACGAGCGGAACUUUCACUCACCCAGAUGUUUGAAGUGGCUGAAAGCACAAUUGCUUGUAUAGAGGCAGCUGAUAUGGGUUUCACCCAAUGUAUGUCUUCAGGAAGUGAAGCUGUGUUGGACAGUGACCCUGGCAGCAUCACAAACAAUGUCAAAUCGAAAGCUCAUAAAGGUGAUGAUAAAAUACCGGGCAUGCAGCGACUACCAUUGCAUUCUAGGACAACUCAUGGCAGCCAACCGGCAUUAUCUAUAAAACAAAAUAAAGUUUUUCACUAUGUUGACGGAGAUGACAAGCCUCACACCACAAAUUCCACUGCUAGAAACGUCGCUAUUUCAUCUGGCUUCAAGACCAGGUCCGGGAAACAAGUUGCCAUACCAGAAUCCUCACUCGGUGCUGCAAAAGGAAUGCUUGCAAUGACCGAUAAAGCAAUUGUUAAUGACAAAAUUGUGGAGCAGCUAGAGGCCAGCUCUGCUGGAAGCACAGCAAACCACUGCGACAGAGGGAACAUGCAAACACCAGCAUACUUUGAACAAGCGGGGGACAUGACAGCUCAACCUUGUUCUGGAGCUAGAUCCAAACAGACAAGUAAGGAAUCAAUGGGAAAUCCUGCUCCAGCGCUUUCUGAUGCUCGCGGAAAUCCAAUAAAGGACUCGAACAUUACAUUGAUAAAGCCACAAGCUCAACCUGGCACAUUCACAUCAGGCUUUGUGACUGCUAGAGGGAAGCCUGUAUAUGUGCAGGAGGAAGCACUCAGCCACGCUCGUAAGUUUCUCGCUGACGGUCCUAGUGCGCCGGUGCAACCAGUGACAAAAGACGACAAUGUGCCAACAUUCUUCACAACUGGAACAGGAAAGGCGGUGACAGUCUCGGUUGAUUCACUGACAAAGUCAAAAGGAGAGUACGGCUCAUUUAAAUCGGGCUUUACUACAGCAGGAGGCAAGCCUGUCUACUUGCAAGAGGAUGGCAUUGAUCGUGCACGGCAAUUUUUUUCUGAAUCUAGUUGUAACAUGCCAGGUGAAGAAUUAGUGAAGGAUUCCGCAUCUUUGCUGCCAACUGGUGGUGAUAGAAAGGCAGCGAAAGGCUUCGGUGACUCAAUAGCAAAGCCUAAGGGUCAGUCUGGUACAGCGACAUCAGGAUUUGCGACUGCUGGAGGGAAGCCUGUGUAUGUGCAGGAAGAAGCACUCAGUCCACGCUCAACAGCUUUUUGCUGAAGCUCCUUCA